AUGAACGUCUAUCCUUCACCUGAACACUUGGAAUGGUCUUCCAAGCUCUUGACGCGCCUCGAAGAAAUCAAGGAAGACAUCGACAGAUAUAAAGCAGACGAACAGGAAGACGAAGAGGGAGAAAUCGAUGAAACCGUGUUUUAUAGCAAUCUGCAGCUUGCUUGUGACUUAGUACGCGAGGCAGACAGUGGAGGAGCCCCUAAUCUCCCCACCAUCGUCGAGCGCGUCGAUAAUUUGAUCAAUGAAGCUGUUCACUUCGCCUAUGGCGAUGCUGAGUUCGACUACUUGAAUUCUUUCGCUCACGAAGGAAACACUGCCAACGAAGGUAUCCCUUACAUCACUCUUGUCGAGGAUGAAGAGGUUGGACGCGCAUUCUUUGGCAAUGGUUUAUUUGAUAUGUUUACAGAAUUUCUCAGUUCUAUGAUGCGUGAUGUACCAAGCUUCCCCCAAAAUAAUGCCGCCCCGAUGCUCGAUCGACCUGCCCCAUAUGACUCCUCAAGGAAGCCCCACAGCAGUAGUACGCCCCUUGCUCGCUUUCGGAAUGCGGUCAAUUUGUCAGCGAAUACAUCGACUCCUCUUGCAAACAUCAUAUAUCAAGCUAGAUGUGAAAUUGAGAGUGACGAAUUAAGCAUGCCCAUUUCGUGUGUUUUGUCUCCGGGAGGUUCAUGUCUAGCGGUACCCUGUUCUAGGGGCUGGAAAAACAGAGAACCCUACCUGAAAUACUACCUUCUCGAUGAGGCUGGUAAGGGUCAAACGGCUUUCCCCUCCCACUCUGUGGAUGUUGCGCUUUCUGGAAUCGCAUACGCUUCUGCUACUGAUGAAGAUCGCAAGCUGAUUUUUGUUGCGGACGACCACAGGAUUAAAUCUUAUGCUUGGGGUAACCGUCAGCGUAACUUUGAGGAAGCCGUCCCUGUUCAUACUCUCAAUUCGCAAGACUGUCAAGGUCCAUUGAUAGUGCUUAACGGCCGGAUACUUAGGGCAGGUGACGGUUUCGCUGAUGUUUGGAAUAUCGAUACCUUGGAGAAACAUAUCCCAGGUCGUAACAAUGUCAUCGGCGGCACCUUCGACACGUCAGAAACCAUGAGGGAUAUGGACGACUUCAUUGAACCCUCUCAAGGCAGCGAACCCCACAACGACAUCACUUUCGAGGAUUACAGCUUUGAAAUUGGCUCCUGGCACCCUCACCCGUCGUUAUCCAGCGCCAUGCUCUGCAGUACAAAUGCACACACGUCCUUACAAUACUACUGCCACGCACUGGAUAUGGAAAAUGGAAAGACGGUGGGAAAAUACCUUGGACACGGAGGAAACAUCAAUAACUUCUCCACGAGUAGGGCUGAUCCAAAUAUCUUCCUCACUGCCUGUAGCGAUGGUUGUGCUCGCCUUUACGAUGUUCGUCACCCGAUGCCAGUUCUCACUUUUAAUGUGACCAGACAAUCUGGGCCGUGUGCUAAUGCUACGCUAGCCCAUCCCGAUGGCAUUCCAACUGUAUUUACAGGUGCUGAGAAAGAAGAAGAAAUCAAGAUGUGGGAUGUCCGUGCGCAGGCACCGGUGUACGAUUUGGCUACUGGGAACAAUGCUGUCGUAAGCCUUGCUUGGGAUGAGAGGCGCAACUCUCUUUAUGCCGCUACAGAAUGUAGCUACAUGGAUCGCAUGGGCUCACAUCAUGAUUAUCGAAAUGCGAGAAAAGUUCGUCGCAAUGAAAACAAUGAGGGCGCCGAGGCUGAAAUGGAUGAUCAAGAUGAUGAUUACGAAGAUGAAGAGGAGGAUGACAAUGAUGAUGACGACGACGACGAGAAUGACGGUCGAAUGUGGCCUACGAGGGCAUAUCACGCGGAAGAUUACUAUGGAUAUACCUUCGACGCUGCAAGUCACAGAAUGUAUCGUUAUGCGUUUAAAGAAGAUGCAGAUGCUGGCAUCACGCCUCAUUGGGGGCAGGCUUACGUUGGAUACCUCUGA